AUUCGUCAAAAUACGUCCAAGGCAAGGAAACCUAGAAAGGCGUCUGGGCAGGGGAAAGUCGAUGCGAAGGCGGGCCAGGGACCUUUCGUCGCGUCCCCACCUUCGCAUUUCCUGUGGCCUGAGCGGCCCGGGCAUCCGUGUCGAAAGUGCGGCGGCGGAACAGGCGCGCAAGAGAGGAGCGGCGCAGGCGCAGACGCGCGGGCGGGAAGAUGGCGGCUGGGUUCAAAACCGUGGAACCUCUGGAGUAUUACAGGAGAUUUCUGAAAGAGAACUGCCGUCCUGAUGGAAGAGAACUUGGUGAAUUCAGAACCACAACUGUCAACAUCGGUUCAAUUAGUACCGCAGAUGGUUCUGCUUUAGUGAAGUUGGGAAAUACUACAGUAAUCUGUGGAGUUAAAGCAGAAUUUGCAGCACCACCAACAGAUGCCCCUGAUAAAGGAUAUGUUGUUCCUAAUGUGGAUCUACCACCCCUGUGUUCAUCGAGAUUCCGGUCUGGACCUCCUGGAGAAGAGGCCCAAGUGGCUAGCCAGUUCAUUGCAGAUGUCAUUGAAAAUUCACAGAUAAUUCAGAAAGAGGACUUAUGCAUUUCUCCAGGAAAGCUUGUCUGGGUUCUAUACUGUGAUCUCAUUUGCCUCGACUACGAUGGAAACAUUUUGGAUGCCUGCACAUUUGCUUUGUUAGCGGCUUUAAAAAAUGUACAGUUGCCUGAAGUUAUUAUAAAUGAAGAAACUGCUUUAGCAGAAGUUAAUUUAAAGAAGAAAAGUUAUUUGAAUAUUAGAACUCAUCCAGUUGCAACUUCCUUUGCUGUGUUUGAUGACACUUUGCUUAUAGUUGACCCUACUGGAGAGGAAGAACAUCUGGCAACGGGAACUUUAACAAUAGUAAUGGAUGAGGAAGGCAAACUCUGUUGUCUUCACAAACCAGGUGGAAGUGGGCUAACUGGAGCUAAACUUCAGGACUGUAUGAGCCGAGCAGUUACAAGACACAAAGAAGUUAAAAAACUGAUGGAUGAAGUAAUUAAGAGUAUGAAACCCAAAUAAACAGCCACCACAUUUUCAAAACAGAUUUGUAAAAAUUGUAUUUGUUAACACUGUGCACAAACGUUUUAUACUAAAUAAAUAUCAAACUACAUUCUUCUGAAA